GAAUCGGACGGGGGAUUGUAGAAAAGAGAAAAAAAAAGAAAGAAGCAGAGACAAACAGAGCGGCGUUCCUACGGUCUUCUACCCUGCCUUCGAGCCCCUUCUCGUCGAGAACCGUGGAAGGUCACUCGCAAAAAACGGCGAACCACUACGGGGUGCAUUACGCGAGCUCGUACGGCUGCAGCAACGGCGCACCGAGCGUGUACACCACCGGCACCGGCUGCACCGCCAACGGCUGCAGCUUCAACCUGCAGCAGCAGCCGUCGUAUCAUCAUCACCAUUACCAACAGCAGCAGCAGCAGCAGCAGCAGCUCCACGAGGACUACCGGCCGAUUUACUUUUACGUGGCGCAGCCCUACACGAUCCCGUACACCUUCGCCAAGCGACCAAAGCCGGCCGCGUCGUCGUUGCUGAGGACCGUUGCCAAGCCGCCGGCAGCGCGCGGCAAUUGCCGCGUCAAGUUCUCCCGCAGGCUCGGCAACGCCGACUUCUCGCAGAAGGUCAAGCAAGGCGAAUUCUCCAGGAGCCUGAACCAGGUGCACUUUGCGGAGAGCCACGGUCAAGACUUGAAGAGACUGCAUCCAUCUGUCUGUUUCUUCGAUGCUUUCCCGUUCGGACGGGAUCCUCGCCCGUCUCGAAGCGCGCCGACGUUACGAAUUUGUACUGUUAUUCCGCCGGCGGAGCGGACGCUGUGCCCUCUCCUCCGCCGCGGAGGCUUCCACACCGGACGGUUCCCGUCGCUCGCGAGCUUCCCGAAGACUGGACCGUUGUCGCGCGACCCGAGGAUGACGUCCAUGUUCCGCAGGGGCACGAUCUUCGCGACGUUCUUCCUGUCACUGCUGGGCGGCGGCCUCGUGUGCGCCGCCCUGGUGACGCAGCACUGGGUGGAGGCGCGACCGUGGAGGACGCCGAAUCCUCAAGAGAGCGCCGGCAGGAUUCACUUUGGCCUGCUGCAGGGCAAGAAGGAAUUGAACGUCGCUUACGGAUGGAGGACGUAUCACGUGUCCGUGCCUCAGAUGAUCCGCCAGGACCCGUCAGUGAUGUCCUGGUCCCUUUGGAUCGGCACUCUGACGACGACGUCGGCCGCCUUGGUAGCGGCUGCGCUCGCCGCGCUCUUGGCAGUUCUCAACACGGCCACCUCACCGAGAUCGAAGAUCCUGUCCAUCCCUAGUGUCUACUUUAUAAAUAUGUUAACACUAUUAAUGUGCUUGGCCAGCACUUGCACCUGGUUAGCGCAAUAUUACACAAGACUGUACGUCAAUGUGCUUCCGAAGGAGGACAUCGACAACAUGUGGACCAGCGAAGGCUCCGCUGAGCUCGGCUAUUCAUUCUGGCUCGUCGUCAGCGCUGGCAUCGUGCACCUUAUCAGCAUAGCGUUAGUCGGCUGGGGGUCGGGCAGAGAGAAAGACGAUCGUCUGGAGCCGAUCCCCGCGCUCGAAGAGAAGACAGCUGCAGCGAUAAUGUUGUACUGAACGUUGCGGCGCGACGAGGUCAACGAAACAGGCACUCUCGUGGAUGACGUCCAGGUCUGCAUCUCAGAUCGUCGACGGACGGAGAGACUAGACGACCGAAUCGCGCAGUUCCUACAGAACGUUUCGCGCACGAAAAUUGGCCGGAUUGUGUAUGGAAAAGGAUGCUUUAUUGUAACUUAAUCUAUGUAUUGUUACGUCUUAUCGAUAAGGUCGCAAUCUAGACAAUAAUUGGACUUAGAUCCAACAGCCUGAGUCGCCUUGAGAUUUCUGUCGUUGGUAUACGCUCGUAUACAGACGUAUAAGCGACGCUAUCAAAUGCGAGACGGCGCCGCGUGCGUUACUUCAGCCCUUCGGAGCUUACCCCGAGGUAUUGAAAUACUCGAAAACAACCCCUCUUAGAUUUAGCGCUCCAUUUCCCGUUCGUCUCUUCCUCUUUUGCUUUUUUACAAAGGCGAUUACCUUGACUAGACUGGGCUCGAUUUGAAACGAUAAUAUACGUUGCAUAGUUUAAGUAGUUGUAAAGAAGGAUGUAUCUCCGCGACGAGUAAGCGUGAUGUGCACCUUUCCCUCGAGGCAUCGAUUUAUCUCUCGCGCGAUUAUUUUUCUCUCGAUAUCACUCCUCCUCCUCCUCUAUAACAUACGCUUAAUUUGCACGUUGCGAAAACGGUAAUUCGCAGUUGGAUUGAAAUUCCGCCGCGCGUGAAACGCGCGAUAUGAAAAAAUGUAAAUACAAUAGCAAGUUUGCCCUCCGACGGUAUAUUUAUUUAUGAUGUCGCGAGUGUACGAUAAUAAAACAGCGAGCGAAAUUAUGUUUAUACACAGUGUAAUCCUGUUUCGCUGUUUUAUCAUUAAUAUAUGUAUACGUUUCGUGUACAUUCUCUCCGUUACAAAAGCUUCGUCGUUAUUGUAUACCUUGCAAAAUGGCUCGUGUGUAUUGUACAUGGCGGUAAUCGUUAGUAGUUUGUGUGUGCGGCAGGAAGGAAUAGUACGCAUCUUCCUCUCGAGGGAAGAUGUAUCAUGAUGAGAAAACGUGGGAUAAUAUAAAAAAAAAAAAGGAAAACGGAAAUUGCACCAGCGGGAU